AAAGAAAUGAGCAAUUUCAAAAUAAAGUUCAAAUUGUUCGGGACUAACGCUGGAAUAUUAUACGAAGCAGAGGAAGAAAAUGAAAAGCAAAAAAUAAAUUACUUUGCCUAUGAUUUAUCACCUGAUUUUCAAGAAAGAUGCUUUAAAGAGGAGGCAAAAAUAGAAAAUUGUAAAUCAAUUAGACAGCAUGUGAAAUAAAUUUUUUAUUAAAAUAAACCAAGGAUUCUAUUUCAAUAUUAGGAUGGCUUAACACUAGAUAGUAUUAUUUAAGAAUAUAGGGCAAAAAAAUAAUCAAUUGCUUUUUCUUAAAUUCGCCUCUAUCUAAUUUAGAUUCUUGAUACACUAUUCCAUCUUCAUAGACAUUAUAUCUUAGGUCGAGUAUUUUCAACUAAAAAUAUUCUCGAUUGCUAGGGAUAACUUUUAUUCUUGGAUUUCGGAUUUGGUCCAAAAAUGAUGGAGUAAAACGUCGAUUUAAUUGCACCACCUGAAAUAAUUGAGAAUUUAACUUUUGAGAAAGGUAAAUUGAACAAUUAACUUAGAAUAAUCUCAAAACUAUUACAAUAUGAAAGUUGAUUCUUGGUUAUUAGGAGCAGUGCUUUAUCAUUUAGUUAAAUUAACUCCUAUAAAUACAAUAGAAAUAGAGAAUGGGAGAGUCAAAUGCAUGCAAUUUAAAGAUGCUCCUGCAUAUUCAACAUAUUUAAAUAAUAGAAUAAGCCAGAAUAAUAAAUACAUAGAAGCAUUAACUGAAAGAUAUGACAAAGAUUUUUGCUACUUUAUUUAAGGACUAUUAACUUACAACCCUUAAAACAGGCUAUCAUUUUUACAAAUUUAUAAACAUAGUUUUAUUUAGAACUUGAAAAUUCCAAAUUACUAAACUUAUUUGCAAUUUUAUGAAAAUUACAAUGAAUAACAGUUGAUCAAAUAAAUAAUGUUUUACGAAGAUCAUGGAUCUAGAAUAUUGAAAACUGGGUUGCUUGCGAAUGGAUAAAAUAUUUAAUAAUAAAUAGUAUAACCAGAGGAUGACUAGUAAGAAAUUUUCAGUAAAUUAUUUUUAGAAUUCCUAAUCUGAGCUUAAAUAGCAAUAUGGCUAUCCAAAGCAAUUAAGAUAUUGAAUAUACAUUAACCUCAUAAAGAUUAAGUGAAAGUGUUCAAUCGGAAUUAAAGGAUAAUAUAGAAAGAUUAUUUGUGCAUCAGAUAUAAGGUCUGAAUGUAAAUCUACUGUCUAUUAAUAGGAAUCUUCAUUUUAUUAUGUAUGGGUACGAAUAAGAAUGGAAUUAUUCAGAUUUACAUUUUUAGAAUUAGUUGCUUAAGAACUUUUAGAAGAAUUACCAAAAAAAGAGUUUAAGUUAGAGCAUGUUUGCGCAUAUUCAUUAAGGAAAAUGGGAUAUUUAAUUUUGAUUGAAUUACAAAAGAAAAUCAAUGAAGAUGUUUUUCCCUGGAAAAGUCAUCUACAUGAUAAUUAGAAAUGGAAAGAGUUUUAGAAGGAACUUUAGAAAACUAUUUUGGAAAACAAUAUUAAAGGAAAAAUCAUAGAGAUGGAACCAAUUCUCAAAGAGGAAUUUCUAACACAUUGUAAAAUCUAUUUAGAGGAUUAAAGAAUUGAUAAAGUUAUUCGAGAUGAAUUAAAAGCAGAUGAAAAAUGUUUCUAAACUUAAAAAAUAGAAGGCCAAUCAAUUUAUAAAACUUAUUCUAAUGACUUUUUGAAAUCAGGAUAUAGACAGAUUAUUUAAUUGGCAUACAAUUUUUUAUAACGAGAGUAGAAACUUGCUAAAAAGCCAGAAUUAAAAUAUAAUACUUUAUUGCUGAAAAUUACAAUAUGCCAUUUAAUUAAUAGAAUAUUUAAUCUUGAUAGAUUAUCUGUUUCAUUUAAAAGAGUUUUACAAAACAGGAACAGACCUCCUUUAAGCAUGAUCACUCCAAAUGAAAUAUAUUAGUACAUUUGCAGAGAUGAAGAAAAAGAAAAAAUUCAAGAUAUUUAGUAUCUUAAAUAAGUGGAAUCUGAAUGA